AUGGGUCUUUCAUAUAACACAUACCUGACCAGUAAUAAGAUAUACGGCUGCAAGAGCUGCAAGACGCAUUUGAGUACGCACGAGGAGAUUAUUUCACGGAAUUUUCGCGGCCAGCACGGAAAAGCCUAUCUCUUCGGCACCGUCGUCAACAUCCUCCCCGGCGACCCCUCAGAAAGAAACAUGACGACCGGCCGCCACAUCGUCAGAGACAUAACCUGCAAGCGCUGUAACGAGUGUGUGGGCUGGAAAUACGAUAAAGCAUACGAGGCUAGCGAGAAAUACAAGGAGGGGAAAUAUAUUCUGGAGGCGGAGCUGUUGUGUAAUGUUUGUUAG